GGUAUUUAAACCCAGGCCUCCCCGGUCGCGCAGCAAACCUUUGAAUCUCAACAAAAUCUGUCGAUUUAACUUUAAAAUUCCAUAAAUAUACUUUAAUAUCAUGAUAUUUAGAAGAAGGAGAGUCUUCCUGAUAGCCUUGAUAAUAUUGUGGUUUUUAGGUAUAAUUUAUUUUACAACAGAUUUUGGAUUAUUGUCGCGAUCGCGUCCCAAGUAUGUCCAUAAUGAGGAAGGUAUAAAACGACCACCCUUUGAUGAGAAGAAAUACCUUGAAGGAGAUGCCUUGAAGCAAGGAGAAGAUGCAUAUGGACAGAACCAAUUUAACCAAGCUAUAAGCGACAAAGUACCAUCAGAUAGAAAUAUACCUGACACACGUCAUUCACAAUGUUCAAGUCAAGUAUAUUCUAAAUCCCUUCCAGCAACUAGUAUCAUUAUAACAUUCCAUAAUGAAGCAAGAUCAACCUUGCUUAGAACAGUAAGAAGUAUUCUUAAUAGAAGCCCACCAAAUUUAGUGAAAGAAAUAAUUCUUGUGGAUGAUUAUAGUGACAAUGAUGGUGAUGGGGCUGAGUUAGUUGGAUUACCAAAGGUUAAAAUCUUGCGAAAUGACAGACGAGAAGGGCUCAUUCGAUCCAGGGUUAGAGGUUCAGAUAUAGCAUCCAGUGAAAUCUUAACCUUCUUGGACAGUCACUGUGAAUGUAACACUGACUGGCUUCAACCUCUUUUGCAGAGAGUAGUAGAGGAUAGAAAAGCUGUCGUCAGUCCUAUUAUAGACGUGAUUAGUAUGGAUGACUUCAAUUACAUCGGUGCGUCAGCAGACAUCAAAGGAGGUUUUGACUGGAGCUUGCAUUUCAAGUGGGAUAACUUAACUCCUGAACAGAAGCAAGCGAGACGGAACACUCCUAUUGCACCUAUCAAGACACCAAUGAUAGCAGGAGGUUUGUUUAUGGUCGAUAAGGCCUGGUUUGAGAAGAUUGGAAAGUAUGACGUCAUGAUGGACAUCUGGGGUGGAGAAAACUUUGAAAUCUCCUUUCGCACAUGGCAGUGUGGUGGAAGCAUGGAAAUCAUUCCCUGUUCACGUGUGGGUCACGUGUUUAGGAAAAGACAUCCCUAUUCGUUCCCUGAUGGCAACGCUAACACAUACAUGAAGAACACAAGACGAACAGCAGAAGUGUGGAUGGAUGAGUACAAGAGAUUCUACUAUGCAGCAAGACCGAUGGCACGAAGCGCAGCCUACGGAAAUGUGAUGGCGCGAAAGGAGUUGCGGUCCAGGUUGAAAUGUAAGCCAUUCAAGUGGUACCUAGAAAACGUAUACCCAGAGCUACAGAUUCCUGAUAAUCAAGACAUUUCAUUCGGUGAACUAAAGCAAGGAAAGCGAUGUCUAGACACUCUUGGCAGCCAGGCGGGUGGGACUGUAGGCAUGUUUGACUGUCAUGGACAAGGUGGUAACCAGGAAUGGGCCUUGACGAAAAAAAGUACGGUUAGACAUUUAGAUCUUUGUCUAACCAUUCCUGGUACAUCUCCUGGUUCUGUCGUAAAAAUUGAAGGCUGCAGAGAUGCCGAUGACAAACAGAUCUGGGAGCAUACACCAUCGCGGUCAGUGCGUCACAAGUCAUCGGGCAUGUGUCUAGACAGUACAGAUUCUAAAAGUAAAAUAGUGCUAGAAGUAUGUAAAGAAGGGACUUAUUCACAGAUAUGGCAGUUCUCGCUGAAUAUGAGUUAAUAAUAGAUACCCUAAAAUAUAUAUUGUUUACGUAUAAGAAUAUAUUUUCAAAUAUGUAAGUUUUACUCGAUGCAUAGGAGGAGGGCUUUUUUAGGCAGUGCCUGAAGCAGACGUUCCCUGUUACGUCGGCGUAUUCAAAAAUAUACGGAUUCGACCGUUCAGGACAGAAGGCCAAUCCGCAAGAAAAAAGGUGCUGAUUCAAAAAUAUCCGGAUACGUGUGGACGGGRCCUGUAACAUACCGUAAGAAGUGAUUAUAUACUAUAUGACGAAUGUUUAGCCUUAUUGUUAACUCUUUUUUCUGAUCAAACGAAAGAAGUUUUGUUUGCCUUAGCGUGACGUGACGUGACAGUGAAACUGAAACCUCAAAUAUACCGCAAGAAAUUAUGAUUUAACAUUGGAAGUAAGGCGAAUGUUUUAGACGAAUGUUUAAGUCUUCGGUUGUUCGCACAUGAACUUAGACAACAGUUUUCUAAAAUCCCACCAAUAACGGGAACUGAUGUCAAAUAACUCUAUUUCUGGAAGUUGUAGUCAAACAGUUUUUAUAUUUUAAGAGCAAAUGAUUCAAUAACAUAAUAUUACAUUAGCAUUGCUUCAGCCAUAUGUAGUUGCACUUUUUAAAGCGAAAACUAGAAAUCAAACCACAAUAUUUUGCAUAGAAACCAUUUAUAUUAUUAAAUAAUUUGAUACAAUAUUAGAUGGAAAAUGAAUAAAAGUUAAAGCAGU